UGUCGGACAUUAUCGGUCCGGCCUGUAUUGUCGUCCCCUGAUAGACGAGGAGUGGUAACUUUGAGCAGCUAUGGAAUCAUCAUGAUGACGCCUAAAGGAUAGAAUAUUUCAGUAUUUCCAAGUGCUGACUUAUGCGAGAUCAGGAUUGUAUAAUGCAGUCGCGAGUUCUUUUUGGGGGUACAGCAGCUGCCAUUGCUGCGCGACGAAUUAGGAAUAUUUUGGGACCUGUUACGGGGAAAAGUGGCUGGACAUGUCGAACACAUGAGGUCAAACUUUUGAACACUUCUUCAGGGGACACAGUAAAGAUUGGGGAAAUCUCAUUCCAGCUGAAAGCUCCGAGAAACCCGGAGCUUGUCCCAGUGAAGCACAUGACGGGGGCGAUGCCCCAGACAGUGGUGCAGCACCUGCGCUGGAUCAUGCAGAAGGACCUGCUGGGGCAGGAUGUGUUCCUCAUCGGGCCCCCCGGACCCCUCCGCCGAUCCAUCGCCAUGCAGUACCUGGAGCUGACGAAGCGGGAGGUGGAGUACGUGGCUCUGUCGCGGGACACCACGGAGACGGACCUGAAGCAGCGUCGUGAGAUCCGAGCCGGGACCGCCUUCUACAUCGACCAGUGCGCGGUUCGGGCCGCGACGCAGGGCCGGAUCCUGGUUCUGGAGGGGCUGGAGAAGGCGGAGCGGAACGUGCUGCCGGUCCUGAACAACCUGCUGGAGAACCGCGAGAUGCAGCUGGAGGACGGCCGCUUCCUCAUGUCCGCCCAGCGCUACGACAAGCUGCUGGAGGAUCACACGGCGGAGGAGUUGGACUCGUGGAAGAUCGUGCGCGUGAGCGAGGAGUUCCGGGUGAUCGCUCUGGGGCUGCCGGUCCCCCGGUACACAGGGAACCCCCUCGACCCCCCGCUCCGCUCCCGAUUCCAGGCCCGAGACGUGCACUACCUGCCCUUUAAGGACCAGUUGGAGGUUCUGUACAGCAUCGGCCCGAACCUGCCACCCCAGAGGGUGUCUCAGCUCCUGUCCUUCGCCACCACCCUCUGCUCCCAGGAAUCCUCCAGUCUGGGAAUGCCAGACUUCCCAGUGGACAACCUUCCCGCUGCCCUCAGGGUGUUGGACCUGUUCCCCAUGCGGUCCUCCCAGCAGCUGCUCCAGACCCUGUACCCCUACGAGGCCAUGCUGGGCAAGGAGGGCCGCACGGCCGUGGAGAACACGCUGAAGCGGUUCGAGCUGCUGGAUUCGGGACGGCGGCCGUCUGCGGUCGCGGUCGCUAAGGUGGAGGCCGUCCCCGGAGACCGGCCGGGGCGCGCGGCUGUCACCGUGCGCGUCGACGACGAGGACGUCACCUUUGAGGUCCCGGCCGGAACGCGGCCCCCCCGCCCCCCCUCCAGCACCCCCGGGUUCGUCAGCACCCCCACACACGACCGGCUGCUCGCCGAGAUGAUGCAGUCCCACCUGGUGAAGGACCUGUGUCUGAUGGGGCCCAAGGGCUGUGGUAAGUCUGUGAUCGCCCGGGAGUUUGCGGAGAUGCUGGGGUACACCAUCGAGCCCAUCAUGCUCUAUCAGGACAUGACGGCGCGUGACCUGCUGCAGCAGCGCUUCACUCUGCCUAACGGGGACACAGCCUGGAGGCCGUCUCCCCUGGUCAGCGCCGCGCGGGAGGGCCGGCUGGUGCUGCUGGACGGCAUCCACAGGGUCAACCUGGGAACGCUCGCCGUGCUGGCCAGGCUGAUUCAUGACAGAGAGCUGUCUCUGUAUGACGGUACCAGGCUGCUGAGAUCGGACCGAUACCAGGCCCUGAAAGAGGAACUGCAGCUCUCUGACCAGGAGCUACAGGAGAGGUCGAUCUUCCCCGUCCACCCCUCGUUCCGCAUGGUGGCGCUGGCGGAGCCCCCGGUGGUGGGAGGGGGCAGUGCGCCGGGGCAGCAGUGGCUGGGGCCGGAGCUCCUCACCAUGUUCCUGUUCCACAGCGUCAGGCCCCUGGGCCACGCCGAGGAGACCGCCAUUAUCCGCGCCAUGACGCCCAGCGUUCCCAUGGACGCCGUGGAGCAGCUGCUGCACUUAACUCACCGUCUGAGAGAAACCAGCGACCCAACGGCGCAGUCUCUGGCCUCCUCUCUCUCCACCAGGCAGCUGCUGAGGAUCUGCCGUCGUCUGUCUGAGUACCCCGAGGAGAGAGUGUCCCACGCCGUGCACAAAGCCUGUCUCUCCAGGUUCUUGCCCAGUCUGGCCCGGUCUGCUCUGCAGAAGAACCUGUCCAGCUGCUCCAUCCAGGACCCGGUGGAACCAGAACCCCAGGAGAGAGACCUGAGCUGCCAGGUGCAGGACGGGGUGCUGAGGAUCGGGAAGGUCUCCGCUCCCCUCUACAACGCCGGGGAGAAGAUGAAGGUUCCGGACGUCCUGUUCUACGAGAACACUCAGCACAUGAUGCUGAUGGAGGACAUUCUGAAGGACUUCCUGCUGGGGGAACACCUGCUGCUAGUGGGCAACCAGGGCGUGGGGAAGAACAAGAUUGCGGAUAGGUUCCUGCAUCUCCUGAACAGGCCGAGAGAAUACCUCCAGCUCCAUCGGGACACCACGGUGCAGACCCUGACCCUGCAGCCCUCAGUGAGAGACGGCAUCAUCGUGUACGAGGACUCUCCCCUGGUGAAAGCGGUGAAGCUGGGGCACGUCCUGGUGAUCGACGAGGCGGAUAAGGCCCCCACCAACGUCACCUGCAUCCUGAAGACCCUGGUGGAGAGCGGGGAGAUGAUCCUGGCCGACGGGCGGCGCAUCGUCAGCGGCCCUUUGGAGGCUGAGGGAAGGCCUGGCACCAUUCCCAUGCACCCAGACUUCCGCAUGCUGGUCCUGGCCAACCGGCCCGGAUUCCCCUUCCUGGGAAACGACUUCUUCGGGGCUCUAGGGGACAUCUUUAGCUGCCACGCGGUGGAUAACCCGCAGCCCCAGGCGGAGCUGGGCAUGCUGAAGCGCUACGGGCCGGACGUGCCGGACGCCCUGCUGGAGCGCCUGGUGUCCGCGUUCGGGGAGCUGCGCAACAUGGCCGACCAGGGCACCAUCACCUACCCCUACUCCACCCGCGAGGUGGUCAACAUCGUCCGGCACCUGCAGAAAUUUCCGGAGGAGGGGCUGGCGAACGUGGUGCGAAACGUCUUCGAUUUCGACUCGUACAACAAGGACACGAGGGAGAUCCUGAUCGCUGCGCUGCACAAACACGGAAUUCCCAUCGGAGCCAAGCCCAGCAGCGUGCACUUGGCCAAGGAGCUGGCUCUCCCAGAGCACAGGAUGACCGGCUACUGGAGCAUGAACCAGCCCGGGAACCCCCCCCGCAAGCUACUGUGCCCCACCGAGUCCCACAGGAUCGACAUCAAGGGUCCUGUGUUCCUGCGGGUCCAGGGCUAUCCCAUAGAGAGACACGAAUCAAGAGCCAUGAGCUUCACAGAGGAGCAGGCCCACUGGCAGAUCCCCAUCAGCGAGGUCAACAUCAUCUGCGAUGUCGCCACUGCCAAAGACGCGAUCUACGUGGCGACGUGCAACCCGGUGUGUCUGUACGCGACGCGUGAGCGCGGAGACGUCCAGCACUGCCUGGAGCUGUACGACAUCUUCCCCCGGACCUACAGCGGCGUCUGGCAGCCCUGCGUUACCAUAGCUCCGCUUGGACACCCGCUCGACGACCAGGUGGUCCUGCACGAGGAGCAGAGUAACACGGUUCUGCACCUGGACCUGGUCACAGGGGCGGUGCGCAGGCUCCUGCUGUCCCCUGAGAAGGAGCAGGCGACCCCCCCCAGGAGGAGCUCCGGCUGGUGGAACAACAAGGAGAGCCAGGAGAGCUACAGAUUGUGCAGGGAAUUCUCUCAUAAGAACUGGCUCCUGUUUUACAAAGAGAGAGGUACCCAGCUGGAUGUCCUGGACGUGCUGGAGGGCCAGGUCCACACCAUCUCCCUUCCCAUCAGCCUCCAGUCCGUCUUCCUGGUGGCCGAGGACCGCUGGCUGCUGGUCGAGAGCGAGACCAACAAGAAGUACCUGCUGACCAAGCCCAUGCACAUGGGAGCAGAGGAUUCUGGGAUAUGUCAGCUGCACGCGAUCAGCGAGGACGCGGUCAGCACAGGGUUUGGGAUGAGCUCAGGAGGCGGCGCGUCCGUCCCGCAGGGCGUGUCCAGCGAGCAGCUGUCCUCGGAGAACCUCAGCGCCGCUCUGGGGCAGAAGAUCGUUUCGCCCAAUCGCGUGGUGUCGGACCCCGACUCCUACGCCACGCUGGUGGUGGGCUUCCCCGACCUGAUGUCGCCCAACGAGGUGUACAGCUUCCUCAGGAAGUCUCCGCUCUGUGGGGGAAAGGGCAGCGACGUGUUCUUCGGCGGAAAGCACCGCGCGGGACCGCCCAAGAGGGUCAACUGCGUGAGUCUCCUGGGAGCCAAUCAGGUCGUACGAGCCCUGCCGCCUGGGGACGUGCCAUUGGCUGAUAUCUACCCCAAAGACGUCACUCCUCCCAUGACAGCAGCCUACCUGGAGGUGACCGACCUCAGCUCCAAGAAGGUCAAAUACAUUCCCGUCCCCAGGUCUGCGAGUGUGUCUCCGUACACCAACUGGCUGUCGAAGGUGUCGGACACGGACGUGGUCCUGGCCCCGCUGGGCGCCGCGGGGGUGGUGACGGUGGACAUGGGGGGGUACGUGCGUCUGUGGGAGACGGGCCUGGACAGCCUGCAGCGCUCCCUGCUGGAGUGGAGGAACAUGAUCGGGGCGGAGGACGGGCGGCCAGUGCAGAUCACCAUCGAACAGGAGAGCGGGCAGGACGUCAGCGCCCCCAAACACGGCAAGAUGGACCCCACCAACGCCCCCCACGUGGGGGGGAAUCAGUGGGCCGGGGGCACAGGGGGCAGGGACACGGCGGGGCUCGGGGGGAAGGGCGGCCCGUACCGAUUGGACGCCGGGCACCAGGUGACCCAGGUGACCCAGGCCGAGAAGGACGCUGUGCCGGAGGAGGUGAAGCGCGCGGCGCGGGAGAUGGCGGAGAAGGCCUUCAAAGAGAGACUGAAGGAGAUCCAGAUGACUGAAUAUGACGCCUCUACGUACGAGCGUUUCUCCAAAGCGGUGCGUCGGCAGGUGCAGUCCCUCAGGAUCAUCCUGGACAGCCUGCAGGCCAAAGGGAAGGAGAGGCAGUGGCUGAAGAACCAGGCGCUGGGAGAGCUGGACGACGCCAAGAUCAUCGAUGGCCUGACCGGGGAGAAGGCCAUUUACAAGCGCCGCGGCGAGCAGGAGCCAGAGCUGGGCACUCCGCAGCAGAAGCCGAAGCGCUUGCGCCUCCUGGUGGACGUGUCGGGGAGCAUGUACCGCUUCAACGGGGUGGACGGGCGUCUGGAGCGCUCCAUGGAGGCCGUCUGCCUGGUGAUGGAGGCCCUGGAGAACUACGAGCACAAGUUCAAGUAUGACAUCGUGGGUCACUCUGGAGAUGGGUUUGACAUCGAGCUCGUGCGCAGCGACAAGGUCCCCAAAAACAACAAAGAGAGGCUGAAAGUGCUCAAGACGAUGCACGCGCACUCUCAGUUCUGCAUGAGCGGGGACUACACGCUGGAGGGCACGGAGCACGCGGUGGGGGCUCUCUCCCGCGAGGAGGCGGACGAGCACUUCGUCAUCGUGCUGAGCGACGCCAACCUGGAGCGCUACGGCAUCAGCCCCGACCGCUUCGCCCGCGCACUCACCGCCAGCCCCCAGGUCCACGCCUUCGCCAUCUUCAUCGGCUCGCUGGGGGACCAGGCCGACAGGCUCCAGAAAACCUUGCCGGCUGGACGCUCUUUCGUCGCCAUGGACACCAAGCACAUCCCACAGAUCCUGCAGCAGAUCUUCACCUCGACCAUGCUGUCCAGUGCCUGAGCCAAUCACACGCCGGCUCUGACCAACCUGGCCAAUCACACGCCGCCUCUGGAAUCUAACCUCCACCAUGCACUUCCAGUGCCUGAGCAGACUGGCCAAUCACAUGCCAGCUCUGACUAACCUGGCCAAUCACACACCAUCUCUGCAAUCCACCUGAAACUUGUGACAGUUUGAACUGACAAUCCCUUAGUUCUGUGGGAGAGACCCAUGGAGCCACUAAACGUAUUUCCGGAUUAAGCUGUGCUUUUAGGGCGUUUGUUUCAUCUCCCCCCUCCCCCGAUUACGUGACCUCCAACUGGACAGUCAGUGCAGUCAGUCAGUCAGUCUGUGUGGAGUUAUCCGUACACUCAUUCCUGCUCCAGGAGGGGGUCUGUGGGUCUGUGGGUCUGUGGGUCUGUGGGUCUGUGGGUCUGUGUGUCUGUGUGUCUGUGAGUGCUGCUGAGAGGGACACACUGAGCAUGCUCAGAUCUGUGGGUAGGCACCUCAGCCUUCAGGUGGCCAUCUUGAGAACAGAUCCCCCAGGAACAGUUAAUCCACCCAGCACUGGGGCUAUCCACUGCACAGCUCCACUCCCGGAGAGAUAGCGUGUGUGUGUGUGUGUGUGUGCGUGUGUGUUGUGCGCUGGUUUCUGUUCCAGACAAACGUACCAUCUUAACCUUAUCACCAUGUCUGCAGUCACUCCUGUGCAGAUCCACAGUCAAACAUCUGCAUGUGCAGUCUGCAGCCAAUCAGAGUCAUUCCUGGGCUGAUGACAUCGUCAGAUGUCCUGAAUCUGAUUGGCUUUCGCUGCUAUCUCAUAUCUGCAUUCAUAGCGCUACAUUUGGGCUGUAACCUCAAAAAAUGUAACUCAUAAUUUUAUUGUAUUAUAUGUUAGGAGAUGUGUAAUUUUAUUAAUGUUCUAUUAAUAUUUUUAUUAUGUGCACACUGUGUAAUCCAUCUGUUGACUUGCGAGUCACUUGUACGAAUCGCCUCGUAUGUGAUCUGAAUCAUCAAGAAAUUAAGAAUCAAGUAAAUUCUCAGCUCAACUGAAGUAAAGUAUCUCAGGUGAA